AUGGUUUCACGAGCGGAGUUGGCGGAUCACUCUCACGCUGUGCCCUCUGUCGGUUCUCGAACAUCCCGAUCUCGACAUCUCCACCAUCAUCGCGGUCGGUCGCAUUAUGGUGGCACUUCCCAUACCUUGCAGAACGAAUUUCCCUUCUUUGUGCAAUCGGGGGAUGUGGAGAUAUUCUUGACAUACGAUGGACAAGAGAAAAAGUAUCUGCUGCACAGGUUCACAUUGGCGCAGUUCUCUGGGUUCUUCGAGGCGAGCAUCAGUGAUGAAUGGUCCCGGAGCCAGAUCGUCCCAAAUGUCCCAUCUUCGCGGCCGGAUCAGGCCCUAAGUGCCAUCGAGGAAGAGUCAUCUCGAGUUAGCUCGACUCCAAGACCAUCGGGAUCACAUGCGCUGCCAGGAUCGCCUCCGAGACCGAGAUGGAGGUAUGAACUAGACUGGGAGAACCUUGAGGACGACGAUGAGCCGAUCCUAGUCCAAAAGACACCGGAAGGGUCUUUGUUCACACCUUCUCUACCGCCACCCCAGUCGCAGCCGCGACCACGACCUCAGGCCCAUCACUCCUCCUUUUUCCGGUCAAUGGCUAAUUUGACCCUAUCCCAUAAUGGACCGGCAUCACAAUCGACCGCGCAACUUGCGACGACAGUUCCGGACCCCACCAUCACGAAUCCUCUCCUACGAGACUACGAUAACUUGUUCCGCAUCUUCUACAACUUUCCGCCCGUUCUGAAUUCGACCAACAUCGCCGCAGCUUACUCGGAAUGUAAGGCUCUACUGUCUCUGGCCGACAUGUAUGAUGCGCUCCCAGUGGUUGGACCACGAGUCGACCACCAUCUUCUCCGCUUCUCGUCUCGGCUGUUUAAACAGAUAGCAAAGUAUCCUCCUUCAUACCUGAAGCUCGGCUAUCUGGCGCGGAGCCGCAUCAUCUUCUCUGAAGCUCUGACCCACGUGGUAGGACAGUGGCCUGCCGCCUUGCCUUACCUUAAGCCUCCCGAUAAUUCUGGCGGGGGUUAUGAGGUCCCACAAUCGGUCAUUGAUCUGAUCGAGGACAAAGUUGACGAGCUGGAGGAGUUGAAGCAGAGAGUCGAGGCGAAGCUCUUCAGACUGACACUGACAACAAGUCGAGGUGAGAGAGUCAAUCCGGGCAACGACUAUCUCGGCUGGCUUGCAAUGAGUCUCUGGCGGCAAUGGUUGGCCGAGAACACCACGCCGGAGGUGCGUGGGAUUUUGAAGAAUGGGCCAGCCUCGCGACCGGGCAGUGCUACUGCGAACACAAACGUGCAGCCGCUUGGGCCACCGGGACCACCUGGGCCACCGCCUGCUUCAGGUACAGUUGCCCGGAAUCCAAGUCAACCUUCCUUUCCGCUGGCGUCGCCGUCAGCCGUCAACACCGGCCGGAUUUUUACGAUGAUAGCGUCUCCGAACCCCGAGAACUUUUUGCCUGAUGAAGAGCUUAAACGGUUUCUCAAGAUCAAGCCGCCCGGUCAGCCAAGUGCACCGGCGCUGUAUACACGAGAGAACCUACGACGAUUUGAACGAAAGAUCGAUGAGAUCAAGAACGUCGCGCGAGACAUUGUUAAGCCCUUGACCCGGAAUUGUCUCGAGUUAGAUUUGAGGAGUUUAAGCGACGGUCAAGGGGGUGGUUUGGGUUACUUGACAUGCAUGAGGUGUGAAGAGGGGGAUUUGCCUUGGGAUAUAUGA